AUGACGUGGGGGGCACAUUUCUGGCCUAAGCCUACAAGGAUGCAGAGGCAGCUCACUUACUUUUCCGACUUCCGCCAUGCGAGUUUAAAGGAUUUCCUUACCACGUCUAAGUAUGUAGAGUACCUACGCAACUACUAUUCCCACUUCAACUUAUGGCCGCAUAUCAAGCUAAGCACGAGAGUCGUCUCAGUCUCGCGAGGGAGCCGUCACAACCACGUCAUCAAGUACCAGGCAGAUAGACGCUCGCUGCAGUGGGGUUGUGAUACGGUUGCCAUCUGUUCCGGCCUGCACGUGGAGCCGAACGUCCCGGAGAUCAGCGGCAUUAGCCACGCACGGAGGGUCAUGCACUCGUCGCAGUCAAAUCACGCAAACAGUUUGAUAGCUACAGGGAGGUGA